AUGCAUGACAUACUCGAUAUGAUGCCGGAGAGCGUUAAGGCGAAUAAGGCGCGAACGAUUUUGCAACAUCUCUCAGAGGCUUGGAGGUGUUGGAAGGCUAACGUGCCGUGGAAAGUGCCCGGGCUGGCUGCACCCAUCGAGAAUAUGAUACUGAAAUAUGUGAAGGCAAAAGCUGAUUGGUGGACGAACUCUACUUAUUAUAAUAGAGAGCGUAUUAAGAGGGGUGCUACUGUGGACAAGACGCUAUGUAAGAAGAAUCUGGGAAGGCUCACGAGGUUGUGGUUGAAAAAUGAACAAGAAAGGCAACAUGCUUACCGUAAGGAUGGACCCUAUAUCAGUGGUGAAGACGGUGUUGCUAUUUACACUAAUACGGUGCAUUGGUUGGAGUCUCGGAAGUUCUCCCCCAUCCCCUUCCCACCGUUAAACUACAAGCAUGAUACUAAGCUGCUCAUCUUAGCGUUGGAGAGGCUCAAGGAGAACUAUGCUGCGAAGGCUAGGCUCAAUCAAACACAGAGGGAGGAGUUGUCGCUAAUCGAGCAAGCGUACGAUAAUCCUCAUGAAGCCUUAUCGCGUAUCAAGAGGCACUUGCUAACUAUGAGGGCGUUUAAGGAGGUCUCGAUUGAGUUCAACGAUCAGUACUUGUAUCUGGUACCUAUAUACGACAUAGAUCCUCUGGAGAAAAUCACGGACGCGUAUUUAGAUCAGUACUUGUGGCUGGAGGCGGAUCAACGUAUGUUGUUCCCGAACUGGGUGAAGCCAUCUGAUUCGGAACCUCCACCGUUACUGGUGUAUAAG